AUGACUUCAGUUCCGAGAGACGUUCUUAAAUUCCCUCUUGCGAGCAGAGCCUUGCUCGAGUCAUAUCUCCCUCCAGUGGACCAAUCCCAGAAUGAUGGCCAUUCAUACCCAUUUACGACUGUCACAUUCGCAAACUCCCUCGAUUCUCAACUCGCCCUCUCUCCAGGCACUCAGACCGUCCUCUCAGGACCCCACUCCAAAGCCAUGACACACUACCUUCGUUCGCGCCACGAUGCAAUUCUCAUUGGUGUCGGAACUGCAAUCGCAGAUAAUCCUGGCUUGAAUUGUCGCAUUGAGGGGGUAGGUGGUUACGGCAGUGAGGGACUUGAUGGGCAACCCAGGCCGAUUAUCAUCGAUCCCCAGGCGCGUUGGGACUUCACCGAGAAACACAAGAUAUUCCAACUAGCCAGGGAGGGCAAAGGGAGAGCACCAUAUAUCAUCACAACCUUGGCAAGUCCUCCCGCCGAGCAAAGAGCUAUCCUGGCGAGGGCUGGAGGGAAGUUCAUUACACUUGCACCCGCGCAAGACGUUAAUCAAAAGCUGCUGUGGACAGAAAUCCUCAAGGCCAUAAGUAUGGAGGGACUACGGAGCGUUAUGAUCGAGGGCGGCGCAGCUGUCAUCAAUUCUCUACUAGUCCCGGAAUACUUCUCGGUCAUAAGCUCUGUCAUUAUCACAAUUGCUCCCACCUGGCUGGGCGAGGGAGGGGUUGUUGUAUCACCUCCUAGGCGGACCGAGGAUGGUAAGGCAAUUAGUGCGGCAAGACUGAAGCAUGUCGAAUGGCAUCCGUUCGGAGAGGACAUUGUUUUGUGCGGUGAUUUCAAAGAGUAA